GCUGAUCAUGUCAUGAUGACAGUGCGAAUCCAAACGUGAACUAUGGCGGGUGCAAUGUUGUUUGAAACGUCCCAAUCUGUGCGUUCUCAGCAGGAAAAGCUGCUGAAUGCGAAACGCACGCCCGAGCAGGAGGAGGAUGAGGAGCGUGCGAUCCAGAACAAGGAGCAGGACAUCCUCAACCUGGGCGAGCGAUACAAGAAAGAGGGUAAGGCAAAGGAGCUGGCCGAUCUGAUCAAGCAAACGCGGCCCUUCCUGAGCGAGAUCAGCAAGGCGAAGGCCGCCAAGCUGGUGCGAUCGCUCGUCGACUUCUUCCUCGACCUGGAGGCGGGCAUCGGCAUCGAGGUGCAGCUGUGCAAAGAGUGCAUCGAAUGGGCCAAAGAGGAGAAGCGCACCUUCUUGCGCCAGUCGCUGGAGGCGCGCCUGGUGGCCCUCUACUUCGACACCGGCAUGUUCGCGGAGGCGCUGCAGCUCGGCUCCACGCUGCUCAAGGAGCUGAAGAAGCUGGACGACAAGAACCUGCUGGUCGAGGUGCAGCUGCUGGAGAGCAAAACCUACCACGCGCUGAGCAACCUGCCCAAAGCCAGGGCGGCGCUGACCUCGGCCCGCACCACCGCCAACGCAAUCUACUGCCCCCCGAAGGUGCAGGCGUCCCUCGACCUGCAGUCGGGCAUCCUGCACGCCGCCGACGAAAAGGACUUCAAGACCGCCUACUCGUACUUCUACGAGGCGUUCGAGGGCUUCGACAGUGUGGAGGCGCCGCGCGCCCUCACCGCCCUCAAGUACAUGCUGCUGAGCAAGAUCAUGCUGAACAGUCCGGAGGACGUGCCUCAGAUCGUGAGCGGCAAGCUGGCGAUCAAGUAUGCGGGCCGCGACAUCGAGGCCAUGAAGGCGGUGGCGCAGGCCUCGCACAAGCGCUCGCUGGCCGACUUCCAGCAGGCGGUCAAGCAGUUCAAGCGCGAGCUGGAGGACGACGUGAUUGUGCGCGCCCAUCUGGGCACCCUCUACGACAACAUGCUCGAGCAGAACCUCUGCAGGAUCAUCGAGCCCUACAAUCGCGUCGAGGUCGCCCACAUCGCCACCAGCAUCAAGCUGCCGAUGCCCCAAGUGGAGAAGAAACUCUCCCAGAUGAUUUUGGACGCGAAGUUCCACGGGAUCCUGGAUCAGGGCGACGGUGUUCUGGUGGUGUUCGAGGAGACGGCCGUGGACAAGACCUACGAGAUGGCGCUGGAGACGAUCCAGAGCAUGAGCAAGGUGGUGGACACGCUCUACCAAAAGGCCAAAAAGCUGUCCUAAGCCCUCAAUAAACCAGCCGCAGACUGCGUUCUCCUUCUGUCUUAUCUUAUCGUUCGAUGUACAUAGUUUUAAUGUGAUUUAUCAUUAUUAUUACUGCCUAGUGAUGCGGGGCGCCGCCCCCGGUUCUCAUCGGCCCCAGCGUUGUGCUAAUGAUCUGGAUUAAAAAGCAAACCACUAAAACCAGAAUAAAACGUUUUGUAAUU